AUGGAUACCACACAGGGCGAGCAUCUUAAGGCAAGGGAGACGGAACGAAGUAUAGAUGAUCAAUUCAACAAAAACCAACAUGUCAAUCUCUACACUGUUGCUGUGCUCUUCUUCGUCGCGCUUAGCUCUGCCGCUUAUGGGUAUGCAGGAUCCAUAAUUGCGACAACCCUCACACAACCAUCCUUUACCACGCAUAUGAAACUCGAGACAGCUUCAAAUGCCGAGGCCAUUACCGGUGCAAUGAAUGCUUUGUACUAUACAGGCGGUGUUUUCGGAAGCUUUUUUGCGGGUUGGAGCAGCAGGAAGUUUGGGCGCAAAUUUUCAACCGGGUUUGGAAAUUCGUUGCUCGUGAUUUCAGGAGCAUUGAUGACAGCAGCUGUUAAUCCCAGUAUGUUCAUUGCUUUUCGCUUUUUAAGUGGAUUUGGGUCAAUGGUUAUUAUUGCAACGGUUCCUGUCUGGAUUGCCGAGCUAUCCCCACCACGUAUUCGCGGCCUACUGGGCGAUAUACAUGCCGUUAUGAUGAUGGUAGGUUAUACGCUGGCCUGCUACGUGGGUCUUGGCUUUUACUUUGUUGAGGGCCGCAACCAAUGGCGCGGACCUAUCGCACUUCAAAUGGCACUUCCAGUGAUCAUCUUAGCUGGUCUUUAUUGGAUGCCUGAGUCGCCUCGAUUCUUGUUGUCUAAAGACCGUAGCGAGGAAGCCCGACAAAUUUUACUGCGUAUGCACUCUGGUUCCAAUGAUCCUGAUCACGAGUUUGCUCGACGAGAGUUUUUCCAGAUCAAAAAGCAAAUUCGACUCGACGCUCAAUUCGAAACAUCUUACUGGAGCAUUAUCAAAAAGUCUUCGAUGCGAAAGAGGUUGGCAAUGACCGUUUUUCUGGAGUUUGCCCUCAUGAGCUCGGGCGUUUUGGUUAUUCUUAAUUACGGGUCUAUAAUUUGGAAGUCGCUCGGCUUUGACACUGUUCAAAUCCUCAACUUCCAGUGCGGCUUCCAGUUGACUGGCUUUGUUUUCAAUGUUGUUGCAAUGGCUUUUGUUGAACGUGUUCGUCGCCACUGGCUUAUUGCGUCUGGCCUUUUCGGCUGUGGUACCCUGGUCGGCAUUCUAGCCGCUUUGCAACGUUUCUAUCUAGGAGGUACCGAUAACACUGGACUAGGGGCAUGCGUCGCUAUUAUCUUCCUUUUCCAAGCUACAUUCUCGCUCACUGUAGAUGGUGCGACAUAUUUCUAUAUCGCUGAGAUCUGGCCAUCACACGUUCGGUCCCAGGGACUCGCCAUUGCUAUGGCCACUUUAUCUGCUACCAACCUAAUGUGGCUACAAGCCACACCAUCUGCUAUGAGUAAGAUAUCUUGGCGUUGGUAUCUCAUAUUUUGCUGUAUUCCGGUUUCUGCGGCGGUGGUGGUUAUUUUGUGGUUCAAGGAUACCCGCAACAAGCCACUGGAGGAAAUCGCAGCGAUUUUCGGUGAUGAGGAUAUGGUUGCUGUAUACCAGCGAGAGCUGAACAUUGGAGCUUUGAGAGAAAGGAAUGAUGAUGACAGUGGUAAGACACGUCUGACUGAGGCAAUGGUUGAGACCGUUGAAGAAGUCUGA